CUCACCAGCUGAACGCGGCGUCGCGGCGGUCCAGUUUGACGGCGAUGAGCGGAGAGAGGAAGACCCCUCCACGGUGUCUCUAGGAGCGGGCUGCUGCUGUUGGUGUGUCCCCGUCGAUUCCACGAAACCAGCAACACAUUCAAGGAAGCGUUUCGUUGUGGGAUAAAUGAAUUCAACAGCCACCACGUCGUAGAAAACGAUGCAGCCGGAAGCUGACUGUCUAGCCAGGGUUUGGAGCUAACUUGAAGACAGUUGGUUCCCGGGGAGCUAACAUGUCUCCCACUGGACAGCAGCCGAGGCGCUCAAUGAAGGGAAACGGCCCAUGUUUACAUUCAGACCUUCACCUCCAAGGCACCCUCUUAUAAUGCCUUACUUGGCGUUCUCAAAUAACCGUUGGCCCCUACCAAAAAGCGCCUGUUACAUGAUUAAUGAGUCCGCCUGCAGAUGUCGUAUUCCUGACCCGUGUGCUGCCAGGGCUAGCUCCAUGAGGCCGCCCCUCCUCCAGACUCCUUGAGGCCUCCUCCCGCCUCUAUGGAGGCCGGCUCCAGCCGCCCGGCCGGCGGGGAGCGCCCCGGAAGGCCGGAGCAGCACUCCGUGUCUGCCGAGCCCCCGCCCGGGCCCCGCCCCCCCCGGCCGCCCCUGCAGCCCGCCGGCCCCGGAGCCCGGGCCCCGGGACGGCUGCAGAGCCGCCCGCCGCAGCGGAGCACCCUGAUGCUCCGGCUGCAGCAGCAGCAGGCCAUCGCGUGGCAGCACUCGGACGCCGCCGGCCCCUCGGGGGGGAGCUUCCUCUCCGCGCCGGGGGGUUCCUCCACGGUGACCCUGGCCUCGGCCUCGGCCUCCGUCCCCUCCGCCUCUUCCACCAGAGGGGAGCGAGCCCAGGGCGCGGCACCCCAGCCGAGCCAGGACGCCCCAGAGAGCGGGGGUCCGUCCAAACGCGGGGAGAAGAAACCCCAGAAGCCCGGCAAGUACGUGUGCACGUACUGCGGCCGGCCGUGCGCCAAGCCCAGCGUCCUGCAGAAGCACAUCCGCUCGCACACAGGCGAGAGGCCCUACCCCUGCGUCCCCUGCGGCUUCUCCUUCAAGACCAAGAGCAACCUCUACAAGCACCGCAAGUCCCACGCCCACCGCAUCAAAGCGGGCCUCGCGUCCAUCCGGGACGAGCCCAGUUCAAGUGGCCCGGAGGGGGGCGGGCCCGGGGAAGACCCCGAGGAACCCACCGAGGGGGAGAGUACGGAGUCCGAGGAGGAAACCGGCCAGCACAAACACUCCUCCUCUAAAGACACGACAGCCCAGCAGAAGAGCGCCACGAAGGAGACGCCGGAAGGUCCGGACGAAGCCAAGAGGCUGGAGGACUCUCAAGUGGUCAAGCAGCGGCUGGCGAUGAGGCUGAGCGAGAGGAAGCGCGGCCCGAAGGCCUCGUCGGGCGACCGUCCUUCCUCCCUCUCCACGUCCUCUUCGUCGUCGCUGGGCCCGGGCAGCAAGGGCAGCACGGAGUCGGGCUACUUCUCGGGGUCGGGCAGCACUGAGAUGUCCCAGGUCAGCCCUCCCAGCGCCAGUGCCAAAAGCUACGCAGAGAUUAUCCUGGGCAAGUACGGGAGGAUGGGAGGGCAGCAGCGCCACGCCCAUCAGCAGCACCCCCACUCCUCCUCCUCGGGGCCCGACGACAAGGGCCUGUCCUACGGCGUCCCCAAGACCCAGGUGAUCGAGCACAUCACCAAGCUCAUCACCAUCAACGAGGCGGUGGUGGACACCAGCGAGAUCGACAGCGUGAAGCCCAGACGCUCCUCUCUGUCCAGGAAGAGCAGCAUGGAGUCCCCCAAGUUCUGCUCCGCUAAAGACCCCCACAGCUUCGACCCCGGCAAAGGGGAGGUCCCCGGCCCCAGCUACAUGGGUCGCCUCCAGGGGCCAGAGCAGGACCCGUCCUCCGUCCCGCUGCUCAGGAGCCACUCCAUGCCCCUGUCCGCCUGCCAGGGAGAGCACUCCACUGGCAGCGCCGCCGCCCCCCCGGGGGGCUUCCGUCUCAGCCACUCCUUCGACGAGCAGCAGGCGCUGGUCACGGAGAUGCGGGUCGGCCACGCCCAACGGAUGCUGAGGCGGCAGCCGGCCGUAGAGUUUCCCCUGGGAGCCGAGGCCCUCACAGAGGGGGUCGGUCCUACCUCCUCACCCAGAGGGGUCGACCCAACCAGGCAGCAGCAGCAGCAGCAGCAGCAACAGCAUCAGGGCCCUACAGAGUUUGAGUGUGAUGCCUGCGGGGCCCGGUGUAAGAAGAGGGAGAGCUACGAGGCCCACAGGGGCGUGUGUCCGUCGAAACAAACCGUGGGGACGGGGGGCGGGGCGGCGUGCGGAACGCGCAGGGAGGACCGCCCACAAAUAAUGCACUACAAGUUCCGAGCGCUGGCCAUGGCGGUGAGGAAGAGGAGGAAAGAGGAAAGCUUGGAGGAGGACCCUCCGAGCCCCGGGCCGACGGCCACCCCCGGCACUUCCAGCGCCUACACUCCAGUGCCAAGCAGACCGGAGCGCACACACGCCACCUCAGGUGUUCCUUCCCAGUCUGAGCCAAACCAGCAGCAGCAACAGGACAGAAAGGGCGUGUCCGUGAUCCAACACACCAGCUCUUUUGAGAAGCAGGAGAGCAUCUGCAUGGGGGGUCAGGAGCCGGACCACAGGCAGGGUCAGCCGGAGCAGCAGCCGGAGCCAAAACCAUCGCCCUCCUCACCGCGACUUAUCCGCCAACCAAACAUCCAAGUGCCAGAGAUCCUCGUCACUGUGGAGCCGGAUGCUGACAUGCCAUCUGUCUCCCCACCAGGGACGGUGGCCUCUUCCAAGGAGGCCGAGAGGGUGGAGGAGUUCCAGUGGCCGCCGCGUAGCCAGUCGCUCUCCCAGCUCCCUGCAGAGAAACUGCCACCAAAGAAGAAGAGGCUGCGUCUGACGGAGAUGACCCAGUCGUCCGGGGAGUCCAGCUUCGAGUCGCCGUCCCUCCCCCGCAGCCCCAGUCAGGAGAGCAACGUCUCCCACGCUUCCAGCCUCUCCGCCCCCUGUGAAGAACCGGGGAGGCCAGAGACCACCCUCUGGGUCUCCGGCAGCCAGGGGUCCCAGAUGCUGACGGUGCCUUUCGCCCCCCACCAGUACCAACAGGCCACCAGAGAGAUGAGGCGCUCGGCCUCCGAGCAGACCCCCGCUAGCACCGCCGGCUCGGACCCCGCCCCGGAGUCCAGGAGCAAGUCCUUUGACCUCGGGUCUCUGACCCCUCAGCAGUCCACAUCGGCCUGGAGGGAACGCAGGAAGUGCCUCCUGGUGAAGCAUGCGGCCUUAGGGGAGCCGGAGCAGGAGGAGGGCAGCGCCGCGGCUCAGUCACCCAGAUCAGAGAGCCCCAAACCGGGGCCUUCGCACUCCAGCUAUCCCCCUGUUUACUCCCCGGAGGUGGGCCCUAUGCUCUGCGUGGAAUCCAUAGGGAAGGCCUUGCAGCUAUUUCACCCACAGACCCUCACGCACACUGCCUUCCCGUCACAGGACCCGUUCCCGUCGGGAUCGCACGCCUGGCCGGUCCCUGAACCAGCAGCGAUCCACGACGUCUCCGCCUCCCAGAUCAUUCCCAGGGCUUUUUUACAUUCCCACACGGCACCGCCUCCGAUCCGGAUCCACCCGGCCCAGAUCCACAUGGCCGAGCGCUUGGGCAUUCCUCUGCAUCAGUUCCCUGAGCUGCUUCCUCUGCACUUUUCUACCAGGCCCGGGACGGGCCAGGCGCUGUACCUGCCUGUACCGCCGCUGCUCACCAUACACACACCCGGGGCUUCUUCAAGAGGACCCUCCAUCUCCCUGUCUCCCUCUCCUCCCCGUCCUCCCUAUGCUCCUCUGGUCCCGCUCUCCUCCCGCCGCUCCCGGCCGGUCAUCAUCACCUGUCUGGCUCAGCUCACGCCGUCCGUGUCCCUGGUGGUUCCCGUCCGCCUCCAGACCGGCAUGCCCAGCUACGUCAGCGCCAAGUACACCACCCUCUCCCAGAUCCUGGCCUCGGCCCGGCCGCAGCAGCCUAUCUGCUGCAGCGCCAUGGUCAUCAUGGGUCGGCUGGGGCAGGACAAGCUGCAGAGGUCCUACCUGAAGGUCCCAAGCCCGGACCUAGAGAGCCUCCUGCCCCUGUCCCUGCACGGGGACCUGGCCUCGGGGUCCAGAGCGGGGGACAGCUACUGCCCCCUGGGGGCCGGAGGGAGCAAACGCAUGCUCUCCCCUGCAGCCAGUCUGGAGCUCAGUACGGAGGCCCAGAGGCACCAGAAAAGGGUGAAAGAGGAAGAGGAGGUAAAGGAGAAGAAGGGGGUGGAGGGAGCGGUGGAGGAUACAGGGGCUCAUGAAGAGAAACACAGUAAAGCCAGCAGCAGUAAGGUGGAGGACGUCAAGGAGCCGGCCAGGACGGAGAGGGUGAGUGUAAAGGUGGAGAGGGGGGAGCAGCAGAUCCCCAGGUCUCACAGCCAGGAGGGAUGGCCCCCAAGAGAAGAAAGGCCCCUAAAAGAGGAAGGCACAGCUGCUAGGCAGGGCCAGAGCGUCGGGUCUCCAGCAAGACCGGGCGACACCCCUUCGCACCCCAACCUCAGCUCCAGCACAGCGGUGAACUGGUGCUACCUGAACUACACCAAGCCCAGCCCCAGCUCCCACAGGGAGGCCGGGACGUCCGUCUACUCCUCCUGGAGCGUCAGUGACCACAACCCCAACCUGCCGGGCCUCAGCACCAAGGUGGCCUUGUCCCUGCUGUGUUCCAAACAGAAGCACAGCUCCGCUACCUACACCAUGGCCACAGCCUCCAAGCCCGUUCAGUCCGUACUACCGUCCUCCAGUAACCAGACUCCACGUGUCACAGAGGUUCAUGCUGCCCCACCCAGAGCCCUACCGAAGCCUGAGAAAGAGGAGAAGAGGGAGAAGAGGGAGAAGGAGGAGAGGAGGGAGAGGAAGGAGGAGAAAAGGGAGAAGAAGAAGGGAAGGAGAGAAGAGGAAGGAGCUACCUCCUCCAAACGGAGCGAGUCCCCUCGGGUCCGGAUCUGCGAAGGCGGGUAUAAAUCUAAUGAAGAGUAUGUGUAUGUGCGGGGUCGUGGCAGGGGCAAGUAUGUGUGCGGAGAGUGUGGAAUCCGCUGCAAGAAGCCCAGCAUGCUGAGGAAACACAUCCGUACACACACAGAUGUCCGGCCAUACAUCUGCAAAUACUGCAAUUUUGCCUUCAAAACCAAAGGGAACCUUACCAAACACAUGAAGUCCAAGGCUCACGGGAAGAAGUGCCAAGCCAUGGGUGUGUCUGAGUCCUCGCUGGACGACCCAGAGAGUGAAGAAGCAGGGGUCAGUGAGGGGCGCGUCGGUCCUCCCGAGGAGCAGGACGAGCAUCAGUUCUCCGACGCGGAGGACUUCGACGAGGACGAAGAUGAGGAGGACGACGAUGAUGACGACGAUGACGACGACGAUGAGGAGGAGGAGUCGUCAUCCCACGAUGACCCACCGUCCUCCUGCUCUUCCGACACCCGUGCAUCGACGGGGGCGCAGUCCACCUGCAGCCGGCCGUCCCAGCAGGGGACCCCGGACCGCGAGGCCCCGGCGGGGAGCCCCGGCCUGGAGCCGGCCCCCCACAGGCUGUGGUCCAGCCGGAGGGCCGCCUCGCCCGGCAGCAGGCGGGCGGUGUUCUCGCGGCGGGGCUGGAGCGCCUCCCCCCGGGCCUUCUCCCCCAAGAGUGAGAGCUGCUCCCCCAGCCGCAGCCUCUCCCCACGGGUGGAGCUGUCCUCCUCCUCCGGCCGCUGCCUCUCCCCCAGGACCGACCUGUCCUCCCCCGGCCGACACCUCUCCCCCUCCCCCGAGAGGGGACCGUCUCCCAUCGGGACCCUCUCUACCCUGCGACCCAGAGCACCACACGCCCCCCCUCCGGCCCUCCAGAUUCAGUACAGACCCCCUGUUUACCUACCCUGGGAGAGUCCUUGCCUGAAGGACGUUCCCCAGGAGAGCGGUGGAACGUCGGGAGAGGUGCCGAUGUCCCCGGAGGCGACCCUGUUCCCUCCGGCCUUCCGUCUGUCCUUCAGCAGCGAGGGUUACCCCGGCAGCCAGGCCACGGACCACGUCUUCAGCCACCUCCCUCUCCACUCGCAGCAGGCCAGGGUGCCCUACCUGAUGAUCCCCAUCGGGGGGAUCCAGAUGGUGCAGGCCAGGCACCGCCCGCACCCCACCACCACCCCGUCCAGCCCCACCUCCCCGCCCAACGAGGGCCCGUCCCUGGCCCGCUUCGAGUGGUGGGGGGGGGCCUCCAGGCCGCCAGGACUAAGGACUCCCGGGGGUCGCUGGUCGGGGUACCAGGAGGCGGGAACCAGCCAGUCAGGUUUGUCCAAUCCCCGCGCAGCGCUAGAUUGUUCCACAACGGAGACCACAGACUCAAAGCAAUACGGCAGCUCACAUAGCUCCGCCCACAGCUCGACAGCGACCCAGAGAGGAGAUGUUUACGCGAGAGACAAAAGCCGUCCCAUACCGUCUCACAGUCAAGCAACUCGCGUUGACUCGCAUGCAAUAGGGCCAGCGAGGGGGGGGCCAGGGGGCGGAGGGCCAGGUCUGCCUGAGGGUCCGGUGGGACCAGGAGCUGGAGGUGACUCCUCGAGAACAGACAAGAGCACUUCUUAAUCUCCACAUCCCAGUUCUGCUUUAUGGUUUGCUACACUUUUUUUUUUUUAUUGCUUUGUUUUUAUACAGUUUUCAAUACUAUUGUUAACUUGACUGUUUGUUCUUUGGCAAUAUUCAGGUUUGGUAAAAAAAAAAACAUGCACUUUUUUUCUUUGUGAAAAUGUUUCUGUAAAUCUAUAUAUAAAUCGAUAUAUAUUCCAUAUGUAUCUCUGGUGAUACUGCUAUCUUAAUAUCUGUUUAAAUAUAUGUCAAAGGAUCCUGAAUAAAUUUGUAAAUGACCAAAAUCUUUCAAAGAAAAGUUAUCACAUUUUUGUUUGUCCUUUUUGUCCAGUAUUACUCAAACUGCACAGUAUUACUUGUGCCUUUAUCUGUCCAUGGUGGUUCAUGUACCGUUUGUACAGUUGGACGAGGAGAAGGCUGUGAAACAUGUUAUUUUCUUUCUGUUGUUUAAAGGGGCGUGAUAUUUGAUGUAUGGAUGAUUUCUCCUCUAAGGGGCGUUGCUUUGUUACCACGGUAACGGAGGGAGGUUUGCAGUCAGGGUAUAACGUUAGGAGCAGCAAGGUAAAAAAAGAAAAUGCACUGAAGUUAAACGUAUAUAUUUUAUUACAAAGGUUUUUAGCUUAAAGCUUAUCUCUGCACAGAGAAAAGUGCUCCUUAUUUAUUGUCAUUUAAUGACAUUGAACAUUGUUUGAGGGUUGUUUUUUUAAUCUUUUUAUUCUUGAAAAACAAAAAUCAUGCUUUUUUAUUUAGUUCUUGUGUGUCUUUUUCGAUAUGUGAAUGAGUUUGUUGGAGAGGAAAACCGCCAGGUGUACUGGUACUGGUAGAUCAAGUGCCCUGCAGACUUCACAAACAAAACAUUUUAUAGUCCUUGGACAAAUAAAAUAUACACCAAACUCCCCUGAG